CAACCAGCACUGUAUCGUCUCGUUACUGUGUCUGCGGGAGCUGACUGAGGAAGAGGACAGGAAGGGUCCGGUUUGGAGAAACAGGAAACUGAUGAAAGGAAAUGAUGCAUGUCACACAGGCACACAGUGCUGUUGGUAAAAUGUGAACAAGUCUCAAGGCGCAAAUGGAGUUCUUCGUCAAAUCACAGAUGAAACUCUUACUUUUAGCAGUCUGGCUUUCAAGUAAGCUGGGUCCAUGCGAAUGUUCAAAAAAUUGCAGUCAAUGUGCCCUCAACGCAAGCUGUAGGAACAAUGCCUGUUGGUGUAAUCAAGGUUUUAUUGGAAACGGAUCUUUUUGUACAGAUUAUGAUGAGUGUGUAAAUGCCACUAACAUCUGUGGUGAUAAUGCCAACUGCACAAACGUAAUAGGAAGCUAUUACUGUACCUGCCAUAGAGGAUAUAACUCAACGGGAAAAGAACAAUUUCAACCAAAUGAUGGAACAUACUGUAAAGAUCGUAAUGAGUGUGAGAGUAACCAGAUUUGUGGGCCAUUCUCCAAAUGUCACAACACAAAUGGCUCUUACUACUGCACAUGCCAGAGAGAUUACACAACAUCAUCAGGAAGGAUUCGCUUUCAUCCAGACAGGACGAUUAAGUGCAAAGAGGAUCCAAAUAAGGACUGCCACCAGGACACAGAUUGUAGAACAAAGACUGUUAAAACCACAAUUAAAAAUAUCAUUAACUUGCCAGAUCCACAGCAGCAAAUGGAGGAGAUAAAAAAGCAAACAUCAGGUGACCUUGCUCCAGUCGAAAUAAUCUCAUACAUUGAAGCCAUGGAAGCCUCUGCAUUACGUUUCGCAAACAAGUCUCAGAAAGACAGUGCCAUAAGUGCCACGAUCAGGAGUUUGGUUCAAAGUGUGAAUAACUUGGUGGAAAAGGAGGAAAAGGUGGCAUGGAAUAGAAUGAGUGAAGAUACCAAGGACCAUUACAUGACUAAGUUAUUACACACAGCAGAGCAGGGAGCAGUGGCACUUUCUCAAGCCUACAAACAUUCAGCUGAAGUGGAAAUUAAACAGGCUGACAUGGAACUGAAAUUCUACAAAGUUCACCCCCAGAAAAAACAGGACCCCAGCAUUUCAGCAUCACUGGGUGGCGAUUCUAUUUCACUUAGUCUCAAACAUACGAAAGAGGAAAAUACUAACAGAAGCGUUUCCGUUAUAUUCCUGCACUAUGACAGCAUUGGGUCUCUGAUGAAGCCCAAUUCAGACCCCGGUGUGAUUGACUACAGUCGAUACGCAGAAGCAGGAGAGAUCACAGUGAAUUCUCCUGUAAUAGCUGCUGCCAUAAGUCCACCGGAUGUUUUCCCAUUGGAUCAUGUGACCUUCACACUCAAACACUAUGAGCCUAUAGACCCUGAAAUAGACGAGAGCAAAUGUGCUUUCUGGGAUUAUUCACUGAGCAACAUGAAAGGUCACUGGUCCAUCGAGGGUUGUAAGCGCUCUCGUGUCAACAAGACCCAUACUACCUGCUCCUGUAAUCAUCUGACACACUUUGCUAUCCUCAUGUCCUCUGGUCGUGCCAAUCUUGCUGCACACUACAAUGUUCUGACUCGCAUCACUCAGCUGGGAAUGGUGAUCUCCAUAAUCUGCUUGUUCAUGUGCAUCUUUACCUUCUGGUUCUUCAGUGAGAUUCAGAGCACCAGGACAACCAUCCACAAGAACCUGUGUUGCAGCCUUUUCAUGGCCGAGUUCAUCUUUCUGAUUGGCAUCAAUAUGUAUGCACACAAGUUGUUUUGUUCAGUUGUUGCUGGGUUGCUGCAUUAUUUCUUUCUGGCUGCUUUCGCAUGGAUGUGCAUCGAGGGCAUACACCUGUACCUCAUUGUUGUUGGAGUCAUCUACAACAAAGGCUUCCUACAUCGCAAUUUUUACAUAUUCGGCUAUGGCAGUCCUGCAGUUGUCGUCUUAAUAUCUGUAACUCUUGGCUACAAAUACUAUGGUACAAAUUCUGCAUGCUGGCUAAGCACAGAAAGAAAUUUUAUCUGGAGUUUCAUUGGACCUGCGUGUCUAAUUAUUUUAGUGAAUUUGCUGGCGUUUGCUGUCAUCAUGUAUAAAGUAUAUCGCCACACGGCUGUCAAGAAACCUGAGAUCAGUCACUACGAAAAUAUCAGGUCUUGUGCAAGAGGAGCUCUGGCUCUUUUAUUUGUACUUGGAGCUACAUGGACAUUGGGUGUGGUGCACAUCCUCAAUGAGACCACUCUCACGGCCUAUCUCUUCACAUUCGCUAAUGCCUUCCAGGGGAUGUUCAUUUUUAUCUUCCUUUGUGUUUUGUCUAGAAAGGUUCAAGAAGAGUAUUACAGAAUGUUCAAGAAUGUUCCAUGUUGUUUUGAGUUCCUGAGAUAAGGAAACCACAUCUUUGGACUGUCACCAUCAUGGAAGCUUACUAAAAAAAUAUUUUAUAACUUAUAAUUAUUUGAGGUGAACCUUGAGACUAAAAAUCUAUUUUUUAUAUUUCUAUGUAGCAAAUGCAACAAUUCAGGCCCUUUAUUACACCAAAAUUAAAAGUAAAAGUAGCAUUAUAUAUUAGUAAAUAGUAGUUAAUAUAUUAAUUUGUGUGGGAGCCUGGGAAAACCCCAACAGAUGACAGUGUGACUCAGUUAUGACAUAAAAAGAGCUUUUUGCCUGAUGAUUCAAUAUGGCUUAUACUUCAGUAUCUAAAAAUAUUUAAUUUUGAAUUUUAGUAAAUUACCAUUCUUACAGUAUAAAUGCUAUGUAUCUCUCAGCCAAGUUCAGUACAUUCAAGCACAAUCAUGAGGCUGACUGCUGACUUGACAGUUAUCCAGUUUGCGGUUUAUCAUCCACACCCUCCACAAGGAAUGUAAGCCACAGAAGGUCUUUGCUGAAAGAGCUGGUUGUUCACAGAUUGCUGUAUUGGAGCAAAUUCAUGUUAAGUUGACCAGAAGGAAAUUGAGUUUAGGCUUCACCAGGAAUGGAGUGAGGCUGGAGUCAGUACAUCAAGAGCCGCAAUGCACUGCUUUUUUCAAGAAAUCCGCCACAACUUUUUUAUUUCUAGUAUCAAGCCACUCCUGAACAAAGACAGAAGCUUACCUGGCAUAAGCAUAAAAUUAGACCGAUUCUUAGAUUAUAUAUUUUAAUUGGAAAUUUGAGUCCCAGAGUCUGGAGAAAAAGUGAAGAGGCACAUAAUUCAUGUUGCUUGAAAUCCAGUGUGAAGUUUCUACAGCUGGUGAUGGUUUGGGGUUCCAUGCCAUCUUCUGGUGUUGACCCACUGUGGUUUAUCAAGUCCAAAGUCACCAACAAAGUCAAAGAAGAUGUGAAACACCCAUCCCAACAAUACAGAUAAGCGGAAGGCUGCUAUUAAACUAACCUGGAGUUCAAUAACGCCUCAGCAGUGCCACAGGCUGAUCACCUCAUUACCAUACAAUGCCGUUCAUGGUAAAGAAGCUCGAGUAUUGUGUGCAGAAAUAAACAUACUUUUCAUUAGACAUUUCUAUGUUGUAAAUAUUUGUGUUGUAAAUAUUCUAAUAUUUUGAGAUAUUGGAUUUUUGAUCUUCAUGAGCUGUAAGCUGUAAACCUUCAAAUUAAAACAAAUUAGUUUAAUUUACAUGUAAUGAAUAUAGAAGUAGUUUUUCUUUUUGAAUUUAAUUAUGGAAAAAGUUUCUCAAUAUUCUAAUAAUUUCAGGUGCACUUGUAUUAUAAAAUUUCACUAUAUGAAGGGUUUUCCAAGGCUGCUACACAUUUGUUAUUGACUGCAUAUUUCAAACAUAUAUUUGAAUAAAGCCCAAAAUUUACUUUUGCUUUUAGGUAACAAUAAAUGUACUGCACUUAACUGUACAAAACCUAUUAUAUACACAUAUUAGUUCUUCUGAUCAUUUAUUUACCACAGAGUUUUGUUUACACAGUAUUUAAAGUUGCCGAACUCAAAAUUGUGUUUCUGUUUGUACAAGAGUUGUAUUCUAAGUGUACUGUAUAAAUCCUUGUUAAUAUCUUUGUUAAUAAGUAACUUUUGGAUAUAUUUUCAUUUUGCCACUGACCUUUCAUUUGGUGUCAAAACUUGACUGUAGCAAUAAUAAAAAAUAUAUUUAGUCAAAAAUAUGAGAAUGAUUGUUUGAAUGUAUUGACAAUGCCAACAGUUUUUAAGGCCC